AUGGAACGUUGUUCUUAUGGUUUUUACACCAAAAGGUCUGAAAUCCUAGACAACUUAAAGAAAAAGGAUCAGGAGAAAGAGCCACAAAUCUCUAACUACCAACAACAGCUUGUUAAACCAGUUGACAAGCCCCUGCACUCUGCUGAAGUAUCAAAUGCCAAUGUACCGGUAACACAGCAUGUCCCUGCACAGCAAUUAUUGUCCCCAACUCACACCUUGGGCCAAUCUGUGCAAGCAAAGGAAGACCCUAAAGAAAAAUCAAUAAAGGUUGCAAAUUCUACAACUAUAACUUUGAUUGAAAACGGCAAUCUUAACGGAGAUAAGGACAAAGACAACACUUACAAAAAUUACUUCACAUUAGAGCCUAAAAAUGAAAAGAAAGAUGAUUGUAAUAAGAAUAGUAUUACAAUAACUAAGACUGCCUUGAAGCAGUCACCUGGUGGUAGUCAAGGAGACAAGAAGGGUCAAAUCAAGCCUGCUAAGAGGCCCCUUCAGUACUUGGAGACACUUGCUGAGAAGGCUGGUAUAACUUUUGAGGAUAAAUACGAGGCUGCUAAUACCUUAUUGGCUCUAGACAAGCAGAACUCCACCAAUAGGAGACUCCCUGACUUAAAGCCACCGAAAGCUGAACCUGAUAAUCAUAAUCAACAGGAAGAGUACCGUUAUAGGAAUCAAAAAGAGGAAGAUGACAAGCUACAGAUCCAGCAGCAAAUAAUCCAGCAGCAGCAACAACAGCAGCUGCAACAGUUGCAACAACAGCAGUUGCAGCAGUUACAGCAACAGCAGGCUUUGCAGCAGGCAUUGCAGCGACAACAGCAGCAAGCUAUCCAACAGCAUAUCAAAAAUCAUCAGGAUCAACAAGAAUUGCUGCAAAAGCAAUUUCAACAACAACAACAACAGCAGCACCAACAACAGCAACAGCAGCAACAACAACAACAACAGCAGCAACAGCAGCAGCAACAACAGCAGCAACAGUCGCAGCAAAAGUCUGAGUUGUUGCAAGUGACUCAGCAAGGAGACCAGCCGCAACAAAAGUAUUUGCAGCCGGUGCACACCCAGUUCAACUUACCGGGCAUUGGCGAGAUCAACCUCAGCUUUUUGGCGUCACCGCAAAGUAACGUCAAUCUACUCUUUGACAAGAACCAGAAGACAAUGAGCGGAGAUAUCAAACAACAAAUCGUAGACGGACAGACACAGGUCGUCCAACAGCAGUUGAGCAUGUCACAACACGAGCCGUCGCAGCAGCAUCACCAGACGGUGACCGUCGUGUCAUCCAUGCCCAGUAGCAUGGCCACCCAUCAGCAACAGACCGGGGGUGGUAUACAACAACAAGCUGGUAGCAUUUCCACCAUGCCGCCCCUGCAGAGUCUGCCGCCUAAUACCCAACACCCGCAGAUCAGCGCCGAAUGGGGCCAGCACAGCCGCGUCCAGGUGAUCCAGCAGCCAUUGCAAAAUAGCACCUAUUUGCAACAGUUGUACAACGCUCAGGGCUCGUUGCUCAUGCCUGGCAAUGCAAUAUUGCAUCCUGGCAUUAAUUCCCAGCAAAUACAGGUCAUAGCUGCAGGCAAGCCGUUCCAGGGAAAUCAACUGACUCCUCAUAUGCUGACGACCCAGGGAAAGCAAGUCCUACAAGGGCAAGCUGCUCCGUUCCCGGGCUACACAACUAUCCCGGCGAUCCCGACGACGCAGAACCAGACAUUUGUGUUCAGCCCACUGGGCGUGAUUAACUCGCAGCCCAGCAUCCUCCCUGCACACUCUCAGUCCACCGUCUCCGCCAUCGGCCAACAGCAAAAACAAAGCGACAUGCAUAAGUGUGGGGCUAAGGGGACUGCCAGUAAGGCCGGUGGUAGUGGUGUCACCCAAACCGUGCCUGUCCAAGCUCAGUGCGUGCAGGUCUCUCAGCCAGUACUGGGCACUCAGCAGCCGACCCAGGCGCAGAUCAUUAGCCCCCUGCAGACGGGUGGUCAGACGAUGCAGUUUGCGCCAUGGCAGAUAUCCGGCGCGUUGCCCCAGGUGUGGACAGGUGGUCUCCAGGCAGGGACGUUGCCGGCCGGAGGGUUGCUCGCCCCUAACCCAAUCUUCAUCCGAGGAACCCAACCCGACGCACCACCUUCUAUGUUCAUACAACACUCACCGCAAAACAACGUUCAGCAUACCAGCGUGAGUGUAGCAUGUGCUACUUCGACGACGUCAAAGCCCCGCGCCUCUUCCGAUGGGUUGGCGAAAGCUCCACGGCCUCUCUCCAACAUUUUGCCUUCCAGCGGCAUCAGACCUGGAGCUGGCUCCUCCGUGUCCACACAAACCAACCCCAAUCAGCCGCAAAAUCAGGCAAAGCAACGCGGUAAGCCUGGCGUGCGCUCUCCAGCUCCAACCGCCAAACAAGAUGCGGCGAACCAAACCAACAAACUUCAGCAUCAGAUCCAACAGCCGAAGCAGCAGUUACUCCUGAUGAAUACGGGCCAGAUGACCCAGAUUACAAGUGUUGAUAAAGCUAAAAACAUACAGCAACAGGCGCUUCUGCAGCAACAAGCUUUACAGCAACAACAGCAACAGCAGCAGCAAUUAUUGCACCAACAGCAACAAACUCAACAGAUGGUGCAUUAUCAACAGCAAGGGAUGUCGCUGGGUAUGCAACAAGGUACUGUAGGAUCAGUCGCACAGUCGCUCCCUAUGGCAGGUAUACCACAGACCAUAUCUAUGGUCCAGCCUAUUCACCCUUUAAGUGGCAUGGGCCAACCUGGGACUCUGGUCAGUCAGCUGAGCACGUCCCAGCCGCAAAGCGUACAAGCUUUGCAGCAGCCACAGACCCUGGUAGGGGGUGGGUUGGUCCAGACAUCCGUUGGCAUGACCGUUCAACAACAAGCGGCUUUAAAUCACUCGGCGUCCAUGCAGACGCCGGGGAUCGCGAUCGAUGGCGCGUCACUGCUGACCGCGCCCCUGGUCCAAGUCUCCCCGGCGUUAUUGCACCAUGAGCUAACACUCCAGGCGGCUCAAGGCACGGUGGGUCUGAUCGCAGCCCCAGUGCCAGGAUCCGUGCUCCCACUACAGACUCCGGCGACUCUUGUCACCCACGUCAAGACCGAGGAUGAGAAACCACAGAUAUCAUCCACUCCGCGUCGUCGCGUACAGGCGCCCGUAUUGCAGAUCCAGCCGACUCAACAGGUUGUUGCUGAGACGUCUGAUGCUACGUCCACCACGUUCAGCUCCUCGGUCACCACUACGGCUGACGCUUCUGUUUCUACCAGCACCGCUACUAUUGGUGCGGUAACCCCAAUGGAGACUACGCCUACAAAUAAAUCUACGCCUACGAAGGCAGAGAGCCACAGCACCACAGCUGAACCGUCGUCUGCUUCUACCUCGGUAGCGUCCAGCUCUGCACCGGUACCCAGUAGCGCUCAGCAAACUACUCCUGUAGCACCCCAGGUGGUAACUACAGUAGCUUCUUCGACGUCGUCGUCUUCAACGAUGACCGCCGCCAUUACCGCUCCGGUCACCUCAGGCGGGACCAGCUCGGCUUUGUUCAAGAGUACGCAGUGCACUCCACGCCACAUGAGCCAGCAGGCCUCACACGACAAAGGCCUGCCAAAAGCUAUGGUGAAACCGAACAUUUUGACACAUGUCAUCGAAGGAUACGUCAUUCAGGAGGCCGGAGAACCGUUCGCUAGCAAUUUGGUGCAGGUUAACCGACCACUGCGCGACUGGGUUGAUAAGGAACAGGACAAGGAAAACAAAUUGCCGACGGACGAAGGUCCGCCCCGUAAGUUACGCAAGAAGCACAUUGGGGAACACCAUGCUUCGAGCGUUGCUCGUAUCAGCUCGAGCAACGAGACUGCUUCCCAUAGCUCCGCUCCGGCUCACUCCAACACGAAGACUAGACAUGAAGAGGCUGCUGCCAGUAGCACGGCUGAGACCGCCAGUGCCAGUUCGGACACCACUCAGGCACCCAAGAUACCUAAUGCUAAUAAAUGGACGGUAUCAGAGGUGUGCGACUUCAUCCGCAAUAUCCCGGGUUGCGCUGGCUACGCAGACGAGUUCCUCAUGCAAGAGGUGGAUGGCGAAGCUUUACUCCUGAUUAGACCAGAGCACCUUGUGAUGGCUCUAUCCAUGAAGCUGGGCCCGGCCCUCAAGAUUGUAGCUUGCAUCGACUCACUCCGCCCGGAGAGCGAGCAAUCCUCUCAUGAUCAUGACUGA